AUGUACGCAGGCGCGCACAAGCACACACCGGUUAUCGGUCUGGGUCUUCGCUCUAGCCUCCAACUAACCUGUCCGUUGAGAGUGCCUGCGGGCCAGCUAAUUGGUUUACGGGUGGCCAAUCAGAUGCGUGACAUAGUGUGGACGCGCAUGCACAACGCACGCCAACACGUGCGAUGUUUGCUUAUCGACCUUAUGGCAUCCAGCAGUCAGGCGCGUACUCACCGAACUUACGCCCUUUGCUUACUCAUUAUGUCGAUGACAAAGACAUCUCCUCUGAAGAUCUUGCUUGUUGAUUGCCAGGUUGGUGAUCUGGAUAAGGUCUAUAUGGAUUCCACCCAUACAAUGGCACUGGGAACUCAGAUGAACGAAAAUGGUGGUGGCAACGAUACUGCUGAUGGUUCGGCACUGAGGAGAGAGCGGGUGACAAGACCCUGCGGCAUCAAUAGUUACCAGGAGAGAUACCGUAAAUACUUGCUGCAAGUCAAGUCAAGUCAAGUCAAGCUGACAACCAUCGCUUGGCGGAGCAUCAUUGCAGAAGCAUGCGGGAUGACAUGGGGUGAUGUCUCUCCCUUCCUCUCCCUCUUCAACUCCCUCUACCUCUCCCCAUCCCUCUCACACCACAUUACACAACUCGCCAUCAUUGCCACUUACAACUUCCUUGCUGAUCGCAUCCACUGUUCUGAGGAACACACAAAGAAGACCUCCUGCACACCCUCCAACUGCAUCCUCCUACACACGCCUGAGUGGGUAAAUGGAGUGGACAGACACCAGUCGCGGUUGCGUCACCUUGAGCAAGUGCAGCAUUGCUUCUGUGCCCCAUUCCACACGAGACAUGUGAACAGCAGCCCUGAUCUUGUGGUCAUGACGUGGCACUUCUGA